UGUACGCGUGCUACUGUUACGGUUCGCACGACCACUACUACGGCUGCUGCUGCUCGUACACCGCCGGCCACCAUGACGCUCGUCCUGGCAGCCUUGGUCGCGCUCGUCUCCGCCGUCGGCUGUCACGCACAUAUGUCAUCAAACGAAAUGGCAAAAAGAUCAUACCAAAGCUACUCGCCGUAUAAUGGCACAACGGUGCAAUAUUACUUUGACGAUGUAGACGACAUCGAUGAAGAUACGGACGAAGACGAUAAAGUAGAUGACGACGAUCGAGCGUACAAGAAUCCAAGAAAAUUGCCAUCAUCUGAAUGUCCCAGAAACGAAGAGCAAGCUUCAUUCAUGGGGCAGUCAUGUUUAAGAAAAUGCUCGUCCGAUGAAGACUGUAAAAGUAAAAAAAAACAUUGUCUCUGCGAUGGGCUCUGUGGAAUGUCGUGUGUAAAACCAGAAAGAGAAUGUGAUGAACUGCCAAACCCGGAGCACGGCGUGGUGCAAAUGACCGGAAGGCUAUUUAACGACAAAGCUACUUACAGCUGCGAAAUCGGAUACCAACUGAUUGGACGAGAUCAUAGAACUUGUCAUGCCACAGGUUCAUGGUCUGGCGCGGAACCAUUUUGUAAACAAAGUGUGUUUUGUAAGUCUCCUCGAACAAUUGAUAAUGCGAUCAACAACGCCUUUGCGGAUCAGCAAACAUUCGAUGUUGGAUCUGAGGUUGAGUAUCGUUGUAAAGACGGGUUUACAAUGAGAGGCUUUGCUAGAGCUAAAUGUUUGGCAAUGGAUAUAUCAGCUUCAUGGUUUGGACCUGAUAUAACGUGUGAACCGAGGACUUGCGAAGCCCCAGCAGUGAUUCCCAAUGGUUGGCAUCAAGGUGACUGCUCAGAUUUCGGUUGUCGACUGUUUUACAAAUGUUCUGAGGGUUACGAGCUCACCGGAAAGUCGGAACGUCUCUGCCAUUCGGACGGAUACUGGGUGCCGAAAGAAUUACCGACAUGUGUGCUGGUUUCAGCGGUUGACUGCGGUCCUCCCGAAAAUCCGUAUAACGGAAACGCGGUAUUCACGUCUACGUCCUACAACUCGGUAGUAUCAUACGAAUGUAAAUACGGGUAUAUACUAUCCGGUGAACCAACUAGGAGGUGCGGUGCGGACGGCAAGUGGUCAGGCACUACGCCAACAUGUCAAGAGAUUGAUUGCGGAUCUCCGGGAGAGCUUCAUAAUGGUUGGCUAGAGAACACCGAAAGCGGCACUGGUCUAGGCGCAACGAUUAUUUACCGAUGUCAAGACGGAAUGCUUCUUGUAGGGAACUCUUCAACCGUGUGCCUUGCCGAUGGACAGUGGCGAUAUCCACCACCGCUGUGCCUAGCUCCAUGUGUUGUGCCAGUUAUCCAACAAGGUCACGUAAACAUCACCCGGGCAAACAAUUCCACUCCUUACAUGCCGAAAACUGAUGGUCCCAUCUUAGCCAAACACGGUGACAAACUGUCGGUAAAAUGCAACGGCAAAUACGAGCCAACGAGUGGAAACAUCGAUCUCGCUACGUGCAACAACGGUACAUGGACAUACAUACCGAAAUGCGAACCAGCUCAUUGCAAACGUCUACCCCUGAUUCCAAAAAAUGGCAUAGUUUUGGCACCUCGAAUGGGGCAUGGCGCCAAGGCAAAAUUUUCAUGUCGAGACGGCUAUACAUUGGUGGGGAACCGAUACACAGAAUGUAGAUUCGGAAAUUGGUCUGGAGAAACUCCAAAAUGCGAAGAAGUUUAUUGCACUUUUCCUGGAUAUAUUGAGCACGGUAAAGUUUUGUUGGUUGGAAGCAUGGGUGUUUAUGAUUAUAGACCUUAUGUCCGCAAAAUAAAAAAUAAUAAACAAAUUGCGUUUGAGUGUGAUCGAGAAUUUGUAAUCGAAUCUGGGCCUGUAGGUGCGACUUGUAUCGGCGGAAAAUGGAGCCCUGGAUAUCUUCCAAAGUGCGUACCAUCAAUACAUCCAAAACUCAGACUAAGCAGAUCUAUUAAGAAUGAUACUAAUCCAGAUGUAUUGAUUACGGAAAAACCAAAUUUUCCUCAAAUCGACAGUUUAAUUACUUCAAUCAAAACUUGGUGGACAAGGAGUAAACGUGCAUUAUCUGCACAAAAUCAACAAGUCAUGAAAGCAAAACAGACAUCUAAUAAAGAUCAAACUGCUAAAAAUCCAGGAGUCAAUAGAGGAUCUAGAGGUCGUGAAUCUGGAGAUUUAUCGUUUAAAGAUUAUGAUAUUGAAGAUGGUAAUUCUACAAUAGAUGGAGAAAAAGGUCCUCAUAAAGGUUCUAAAGGAAAAGGCAAACAUGGAAAACGAAAAGUGGGUCCUUGCGAACCUUUGAAAAAUAAUACUAACAUGCAUAUUGAAAUUGUAAAACAAGGAAAGCACGCAAACAUCACUCACUCACACGGGACCCUACUAAAAGUAACAUGUGAUCAUGGGUACCAACCGACCGUGGUCAAUGGAACAGCAAAAUGCUGGAGGACUCGCUGGAAACCAGGAAAACCAGAUUGCAAACUCAAACCUUGUUUAAUACCAUACUCGGCAAAUGGAUUCUAUAGUAAAGUGGAACCUACAUAUUUAAACGUAACUGAAAGUACUGAGCUUAUGGACGGAGAAGUGGUGACUAUUACAUGCUAUCCUGGAUUCAACUUGAAAGGUUUUUCGAGAAUGGAAUGCAUAAAGGGUGACUGGGACGUUGGUACUGCUGUUCCUGAGUGCACACCUGCCCCAUGCGAAUUACCUGCCAUUACCCAUGGACAAUAUUUGCUCGGAUACAGAGCCGGCCUUACGAUAGCUAAUGGAUCAUUCGUUACCUUUCAAUGUGAUCCAGAAUUUAUAAAGACUACAUUAGUUUCCAUAGAAUGUGUGUUAGGACGUUUAGUUCCCAAGGUUCCUUCUUGUAAAAGAGACGGUGGAUUAUUCAUUACCGGUGGAGAUAUUUUGAAAAAAAGUGAAUUAGGUACCAUUGAUCUAUUAUCUGGGCUUCGAGGAUCAUGUGGCCCACCAGAAACGGUUCAUGGAUCAAUGGUGUUUAGAAAUGGUGAACUGCUAAAAGAAGCAGAAAAAAGUUUUCCCGAUGGAACGGAAGUGACGUUUAAUUGUAUUGGAAACAUAGUAGACGAAAAAGUGACAUGGCGUAUAAGAUGUGAGGAUGGAAACUGGAUUGGGAGAUCGUUAAACUGCAUUUCAGCAAAACCCAUUGAAACUACGAAUUCCUCUGUGGAUAAUACAACUUGUAUGUUCAGAAACAGUGAGCCAAACGUUGUGACAUUUAUAAGCGAUACGAUGAUCACAAAUGAGCUAACAGAAUUUAAUGCAGGAACUGUUUUGGUUUCUCGAUGUUCGGAUAUUGGAAAAUAUGCAAUGGAAGGAUCCAACAGGCGAGUGUGUUCAAAUGGCGAAUGGACCGGACAACGUCCGGUUUGCUUUGGACUAAACCAAGAGAACGAUUACGCAUUGGAAAAACCGCCUACGAUACUAUUCCGCCAUCAGCUUGGACCAAUAGCACAAAGCAACGAAGGACGGCUAAUCGUGUAUCCAGGAACAAUAUUGCAUAUGGAGUGUUUGUGGAUCAAGAGAUUUGGAACUCCGAAAUGGAACGUUAGCCAUUCGUUUCGAAAGUAUCCAGAAGGUUGGACGACCGAUCCAGGCAGAGAUCCGGAUCUUGAAUAUCGGUUGAGUAUUUACCAUGCAAGUAGGGAUGACUCUGGAGUAUUUUCUUGCAUAACUCCCACGCGACACACACAUUCGGUGGAGAUAAUCGUUAAAGCCGUGCACUGUCCUUCAAUACCAUCAAAACGAAAUUUAAUCAUUGGUUCACAAAACACGAAACUAAACUCUCGAGUAAAGUUUUCCUGCGCUAAAGGCAAUAAUCUAAUCGGAGUUUCUGAAAUCGUCUGUUUGCCUUCGGGUAACUGGAGUGAUCCAAUUCCGUCAUGUGCGGUCAUAGAAUGUGAAAAAAUCGAUAACCUGACUGACCCGAAUUUACGAAUAGCUGUGCUCAGCCGUCAAGUAGGUGGUGAAAUAAUGUUUAGUUGUAUGCAAGGGUUCGGACUCGAUGGGCCUACACACUCUACGUGCCUACCGACUGGAGAAUGGGAGCAACCUUUCCCUACCUGUGCAGCGGUCACUUGUCCUUGGCCAGGAGACCCGCCGCACGGUUACGCGGCCGUCUCUCAAAGCUCGUACCGGCCCGGCGAACACGUGUCGAUUAGCUGCGAACCGUACUACGUGCUUGACGGUCAGCCCAAACUUAUUUGUCAGGACAACGGAGAGUGGUCAGCGCCAAUGCCAAUCUGUGUUCAAGCAUGUCCGUAUCCGGGCACUGUGAUCCGGGGCCGGAUGUCCACGGUCAAAUUCUACUACGCUAUCGGUGACGUCAUCACGUUCACGUGCGACGAAAGCUUGAAGAUCAAAGGCGCUCCCGUGUUGAGGUGCUUGAAACACGGCAAAUGGUCGAAUUCCAUACCGACGUGCGUGUCCAGAAACGACACCCAGCGGAUAUCGUGAACCCGCGCGGUUUCUGCCGAUUGCACCGCGGAUAGUUUUAAUGCCUGUCGUUAUUAUUUCGGAUCUCCUGGAUAAUCUUUAGGGAUAAUCUUUAGCGUACGCGCGUUUCACGUUUCCCAAUUCCGCGUUAAUUUAUACUAUACAAAACUAACGAUAUCGGUAGCAUUCGAAAUGCCUCAAAAUGUUUACCAAGUCUGUUCGCAUCAAUUGAAUUACUUUUUUCGACGAUCCCAACCGUUGUACGAAUCAUUUGUUUCGAACAGUUCGUGUAAUCGAAUAUAGUAAUUAAAAAUCACUAAUAAAAUCAUUAAUUAAUUAAAUUACUGAUCGGUUAAACUUAAAAUUACAGUUAGAGAUAAUGUAUAAACGUUGGGCAUACGUUUUUAGUGAUUACUGGCCGUAUUUAUAUACAUAUAGUAUAUGUUUUCAGACUACAAGGUAAACAUUUUGCGGAUUUUUAAAUGUUCUUAAUUAAAAUCAAGUUGUAUAAUAAUAUUGUAACGAUAAUGUUAGUUCCAUAAACGUAUAUAAUUCCCUAUUUCUGAUUGUAUGAUGUAGUUAUUUAUAUAGGUAUCAUCAUUAUAUAAUAUAUUGACAAUAAUAAUA